AUGGGCUCCAUCGUCGCAAGACCGUCAUACGGGACUGGUUUUUUCAACGGGAAUCCGGCGCCGGUGAAAGGCAGGAUAGAGAUGACACAGCAAUUAGAGUAUGACGUCACGAAUGUACCGGUCACGCUGGACUACCUCGAUGACGUCAACAAUUACAAGAUACAUGUGGCGGACUACUCACCGGCUGACCCAGUGGAGAGAUUGAUGAGAUAA